GAAAACGUCCGCUGAUAGACAAUGCAGGACCUUGUUGAUAUGAGUACGUGGAAUGCAACAUUACAAAGGAAUGACAAAUCUUUGUCUUCUUCCGCGCCUUCUCAAACGCAUCCUCCAACGCUUUCUUUUCUUCUCUCAGUUCCUCCAUCUGGUCUUGUAUCGCCUCCACCUCUUCCUGUCCAUCACUUUCGGUACCAUCCUCUUCUCCAGCGGAUGGAAAGCUGAAAUCGACGGCCAGAAUCAAUGGCGAUUGACCACAGAAACGGAUAGUGUCUUCAAGAGUAUUCAGGGUUAAAUCUCCUUCACUGCUCACCCUUGUCACCCAAUAUCACUGCCUCUAAAUCUCCUUCACUGCCCACCCUUGUCACCCAACAUCACUGCCUAUAAAUCUCCUUCGAGGUUCUGCGUUGCGUAUCUGUACCUCUCUUUCUCUCGCAACUACGGUUGCUAUUUUCGCUGACCUUUGAAGUGGCUCCUUCUUGUCCUCAUACCAUAAACCCGGCAGCACGACAGGGCUUGAUCAACUACGGACGCAACUAAAUAUAUAUAUAUAUAUAUAAAUAUCACCACUUGAGAAGCUCUACACCCCAGUUGGGAGUGUAGAGAGCCCGUUGGCGAUGGUCCUGAAUCAAGCCUUGAUACCACCGAAAUACGAUCAGCCUGGCUCUCCAGACAGCUUUUUACCUCUCACCUUUGAGGAGAUGGGAUUGACUGACGGACAAGUACUGAUUUGGCCACUCAAUCUUCGCCACCGAUCAAGUUUUGCCCAAGAAAAUCUGCCUUCGAAAGGCAAUGAUGAGGCAGAGGCAUUCAAAAUGUUCUCUUUCGAACUCUUGAAUGGCAGUCGUGCUCAUUUCGUUCUUGUUGCAGAAGGAGUCGCCGAGGAAUCCACCUUCCAAGACAACCCUUUGCUUCAGCAGAAUUCGAGCUAACCCUGAGAUCAUUCAAGAUCAAGGCUCGGGUGCAGACACGUGGCAAUGGAGUCCAAAGAGUUUUCUUAAUUAUUCCAGAUCCAGAAACUCUUAUUCUUCCAAGGGAAUUUCAGGGCCUGUCAACGUUUUACACAUACUCUGCGCAUGGCUGGCUAUCUGAGUGGUGUCAAAGGGCAAAAGUGGAACAUGUUUGAACGUUAAGGUGCUCAUACAAUGAUUCUUCGAGCAUAUGCUGCAAACGAUUUGGAUUCUGUGAGUCUGAACACACUUGAUCACCAUAUAGUGGAGUGGCUCCACCGUAAAGGUUUUCAGACAGCCGAGGACGUCAGGGAACUUCAAGAUCUCUCCCCAACAAAAUCACUAAUCGAAGCAUGUUUUAUGCUCAUGGUAUUGAUUCCAAAACACUACACCGAUGUCGACCGUAAGGUUUUUGAAGUCAAGGCGAAGCGAUCGAAAAAGCCGAAACCACGAACAAUCCCCGAGGAAAUUGCGAGCGCUAUUAGACAGCUUUUCGAAAAGAAAUUAAGCAUCAUGCUCGGGGAGAAUCGCGUGCAGCCUCACCUCCCCCAUUCUUCUAAACCCCUCGAGAUUGAAUCGACUCUGAUCGACGGCAAUGCUGUCCAGCCUCAUAUUGAGACUGAGCUUGACUCGGAGAGCUAUGAUCCCAUUGAAGGCGAUACAGCUGAAAUAUUACCACUACUUGAGGACGGUUCGAAAACGAGACAUUGGAUGCCAAACCCUGUCGGAGUCGGGCUCAGCCAAACCCUCGCCUCUGUCGGAGGCAACAACACCUGGGCAAGAAAGAGAGAAGAGACUGCCACCGGACUCCUUACCGGUACACGAUCAUUUUAUCCGGUCACAGGGAAACGAACCCCUUAUAUUUCUCUAGCUGGCUGGAAUGUUAGCAUCAUUGUUUCAUUUCCGGUUAGCGAGAAGAGCGCCGUCUUCGUGAAAGCUGAAAUAUCGCCUCCCGGUACCCGACACGAACAUACAUGCUUCGACUCAAGCCCAGCUCGCUUAAGUCGCCUUGCUUUCCGGAUCAAAACCGUCUCGUCAAACGGGGAAUCUUUUUUCUGGGCUCAAAGAGUCGAGUUUGAGAAACAGGAAAUGUUAGAGAAGCUUUUUGACCGACUCAGCAGCGAAAGUGAUGGUAAUCGUGCAACCAACAGCUCCGAGUAGAAUCCAGUCCACACGGACUGAGAGACAACACCAACGAACCAUGGACCAGCCCUGUCCAGAUCAAACCUGUACAGCCUUGUCAACUUCUGAUGCGAGCCCUCAAGAUUGUCGCAUAUCUUAGCUAGGCUGGGAUCAUUCCGCCCGAGGCCGAGAGUGCUGUCGCGUUGUUCCAACUGUCUGUCAUCCAGUUUCGACCACUCAGCUGCCAAACGUCUGUAGAUCAGAUACAUAUCUGUCUGCAGGACAGCCAAAUUGAAUACUAUUGAGUCUCUAAUUGGAUAACAAUCAUCGACUUCGAGGAGAUGUUGGAAGGAAAUAUGACAUAUCCAUACCAAGGGUGCCGUUCUUUCACGGCAUCAUAGAUUUGACGCCUAGGUACAAAAGCACAUGAUAGACGGCGACUGCUGCUCUUGUCGUGCAAGCAAUUUAAUACCGAAUUCUCAAUGUCCUGCUGCAUGACGAGUAGCACAUCAUCUCAUAAGCUUCGGAACUGGCGAUUCUAACUAGGGCAAAUCCAUAACAUUAGUGGUAAUAUGGGGCCACACUUUUGUCCUGGCACGCCUCAGUAUGUACCACAACACCCGAAAAGCCCAGCUCAAAAAACCAAGUCGAGACUGAACAUCCAAGGAUGUGCUCGAAUCACCUUUACCUGGACUUUGUCCGCUUCUCUAAGCGCAUCGCGCUCAGGCAACACGAUCCAAUUCAGUCUGCUGGCAAUCCGAGUCGCAUGCCACACAAGCACCAAUUUUUCUCAGUCAUCUUGGAGACGGAGGCGGAGGAAAUGGCAUCAUGCUGGAGUGUGAAGGGCAAGAAAGCCAUGUAUCUCGCCUCGAGCAGUGUGGCUGAAUAGGCAAUGUUUGAACACCCUCUUUGGACAGCAACAUACCUACCAACAAGGGUUUGAAUUCAUUUCACUCGAGAUGAUAUCUCGAAGGGUUUCUAGAGACAUGCUGAGUGACGAGUCAUUCCUUUUUGCAGAGAGUCUACAAAUAGUUACCUGGACGCUCAGUAUUAAAAAUUAUAUCCCCAUGUUCCAAGAUUUUACCUCCUCCCAAGGCAGUCAGAUGUGGUGCCAAGC